AUGAGCUCUCGCGGAAUAACCGCUGGAGGUCGUCCUCAGACACAUUUCCUCCAGCGACAGUUGUCCAGCAGAACUUCCUCCUCGUCCUUACGCUCAGUGACAGUCGCAGUCCCAGCGGCCGCGGGUGCUUCCCGGAGGACCAGGCAAGCAGGUCCGAUUCUUUGCCGCUCCCAGCCCUUCACAUCCGCGUCGUCUCGCUCGGAGGCGACGGGAAGUGAACGAGCGGGUCAUGCCAACGGACGGCUGGAGAAUCUGCAGCAAUCUUUGACGACUGGCCAGCGAGCUGCAUCCAAGGCGACAGCAGCACUGCUAGCAACCCUCAUCACUCUCACGCCCACAGCCGCCGCCUGCUUCGCACCAUGGUCAGCCGAAGCAGCUUCCACGAAGUUCCCGUGCGAGGACGUGGAGCAGUACUAUGCUGGGACGCAGGGGCUGAAGGGGGAGGCGCUAAAGGCGAAGCUGCACGACAUUAUAAAGGGUCACAAAGUGUACACCUAUACCGAGGCGUGGGAUGCUCUGAAGAUUCUUGAUGCAGCGGACCAAUCAGAUCCUGCUAAAUCCCGUGACGUUGUGGAGAUCUACACGCGUAGAGCAGUGCCCAAGGACACACAGGCCACGCCUGAAGGCUGGAACAGGGAGCAUCUGUGGCCGCGCUCCUAUGGCCUCACUCAGGGCCGCCCUGAGUUCUCCGACCUUCACAUUCUGAGACCUGCUGAUGUCAAUGUCAACUCCGCCCGAGGCAACAAGUGGUACGGCGAAUGCACGUCCACUGAUGGAACCUGUAUGGUGCCGGCCAACAGGGAGGCAGCAGCUGAUACCGCCACCAACAAGGACGUCUGGACUCCCCCCACUGAGGUGCGGGGCGACAUAGCACGUGCGCUGCUCUACAUGGCUGUGAGAUACGACGGCUCUGUGCCAGGCGAGCUGGACCUCGAGCUCUCGGACAACCCCAAACUCGCUGAAGGCCAGAUGGGGCUGCUCACUCCUCUCCUUAAAUGGCACGCCCUCGACCCGCCCUCAUCACAGGAGGCCACGCGCAACGCCCGUGUGUGCUCGCUCUACCAGCACAACCGCAACCCCUUCGUCGACCACCCUGAGUUCGUCUCCCUCAUUUGGACCGCCGGGCCAGCCUCGGCACCGGCUGUAGGCUCGGGGGCAGGCUCGGGGAGCGGGUUCAGCUUGCCAGGAGCGGCGCCGCCUGUGGGAGCGCCUGUGGGGGGAGCCUCGGGAGCGGCAGCAGGGGGAGCAAGCGGGGUUGCUGCAACCCGUGUGCCUGGUUUGCAGGCGAAGGCAUGGUUUAAUGAGAUUCACUACAGCAAUGAAGGGCCGGAUAAGAACGAGUUCAUUGAGGUAGUUGUGAGUCCAGGCGUGGAUCCCUCCACCCUCACCAUAUACCUUUACAAUGGAGCCAAUGGGAAGACCUACGGCAAGCUUCCUCUCUCCAAGUUCAACCUCCCCCCCACCAACGUGAACGGCUUCGUGGUGUAUGGCAACACGUACGCUCAAGGGGGCCUGCAGAACGGCCCAGAUGAUGGCAUGGCACUUGUUUCCCAGCUGGCAAAUGGCCCCACCACUGUGAUCCAAUUCCUGUCAUAUGACGGUGAGCUGGUGGCUGUGGAUGGGCCGGCAAAGGGCUUUAGGUCGACGGAUAUUGGAGUGAAGGAGACGGAUAACUCGCCUGCUGAGGGCGCGCUUGGGCUGAUUGGGGUGGGGAAGAAGUACGAGGACUUCAAGUGGUCCAAGUUCAACAAGAAUGCGUCACCUGGCCGUGUCAAUUUUCAAUCAAACGACGUAAGCAUAACCCUAGCUGUUAUCGCGUAUCAUGGAUCCAGCAACCUGCAGCAAAGGCAGCAGCGGCGUCAGCAUCGGCACGAGGAGCAGGCGUGGGAGGAGGAUAGUCAUGUAGGGGAGCAGGAGCGGCGAAGACCGUCCAAGGAACGGGAAGCGAAGCCGACGAGAAAAAAGAAAGAGAGCGGCGGUAGUAGCAGCAGCAGUGGUAAGAAGGCGGAGUCAAACGGCCCGACAAUACCGGAGGAGUUUAUGUGUCCGCUUUCGUUAACCGUCAUGACUGACCCCGUUAUAAUCGCAUCAGGCCAGACGUACGAGCGUGCUUCUAUCGAACGGUGGUUCGCGGAGGGUAAGCGAACCUGCCCCAAGUCGGGCGUGCGGAUUGACCAUACAAACUUUUGCCCGAACUUUGCCCUAAAAAGCAUGAUCUCUGAUUGGAUGGCGCAAGGUUCGGGCAGCCACUCUUUAGCUGCCCGACCCAGCACUGCCCCAGCGAAAAAAACCGUGUCUCAAUCAGAGGGCGGUCCAAUCGACCACGAUCCGGAGCGUUUGUCGGAUGGGGCAGUGCGGAAGAAAAAAGUGGUUAAGAAAAAGAGCGCGGACGGCGGGGAGGAGAGCAAGGGGGAGAGAGGGCGGAAGGCGUCAGGCUCGGGAAGUGGUUCGGACGCCGGUGGUAAGGCUCGGGCGAGGUCCGUCAGCCCGCUGCCAUCGAAUCUGUCGAAGAAAGUGGCGGCGAUGGGCGGGGAUGGGCAGGCAGGCGACGGACCGACGGAUAUUAAAGCCGUAUGGGAUUCUAUAGCUUCGCAGGGGACCAAGCCUAAGAAGGCAGGCGGAGGUUUGCAGCGGCAUUUAUCGUACUUUCCGCGCGGUGAAGAUGGGUUCGGAUCUCCCGCCGACGACGACGAUGAGGUAGGGGGGAAACUUUCCGCCGGAGUGUCCGCGCUUAAGUUAGGCCGCGCCGGCGGCGGAGGCGGCGGGGGUGGCGGUCCGGGGAAGGUGUCGGAUCUCUUAAAGGGUAGGAGUAUGAAAAUGACAAGGAAGCAGCGGGAUAAGCUACUAUCGGAGAUAGGAGCGGAUGGGGUUAGAGGCGGCGCGGGGCUAAGGAUGCCCGCCGAUGCGCCGUCGUCGGGCGACGCGGACGACGCGGCGCCGCCGUCGCUGCGCAGCGGCACUAAGAUGCGGUCCCAGACGGAUACGGGCAGAAAGGUGAAAAAAUCCGAGCGGGACGCGGAUAGGGUGGCGGGCGGGGGAGGGGGGAGGGGGGAGGAGGAGUACGGCGGGCACGGGGAACACCUUGCGCAAGCGGGGAGAACUUUGGCGGGGGGAGGCGGAGGCGGAGGAGGCGCGCUGCCUCAGCGCCCGGGGUCGGUGGGGCAUGGGCGGGUGCCUAGCAUUAGCAGCAACAGCAGCGGGAGCAGCAGCGCGGGCGGGCGACGGCACUUCGGGAUGGACUCUACUGAUGGGAGCAGCAUGGGCGGCGCGAGCAGCACCAGCGGCGGCAGGCGGCAGUUCGCCGCGAAUCCCGGAGACGAGCGGCCUAGGACCUCGGGCGCCGCGUUUGGCGGGGAGUACGGGCAGGCGGGCGGGGGCGGGGGGGAGCCGUGGCGGGGCGCGGGGUCGGGAAUGGCGCCCAGCGGAAGCACCGCGGGCAGGCCUAAGGGGCUUCGGAAAGGCGUGCUGAAAAACGCUGCUGGCGCUGCUGCUGCUGCUGGCGGCGGCGGCGGCGGCGGAUAUGGCGGGGGGCAGGGGCAGGGAUUGGAGCGGCUGACGUCAUCCAUCCCGCAGUGGCAGGCGGAUAUCGAGGCCAUGUCGGCCGGCAGAACGUUCCGAAAGUCGCCGACCAACCCGUCGCCCCACUUGCACGACGUGGACGUGGAAAGCACAUCAUCGGCCGGCAGGGCUUUCAGAAAAUCCACCACCAACCCCACUAUGCAAGAUGUAGACAUGGGGUAUGGUCACGCUACCCCCCCCAUGACCCCUCCCCCUCAGUUCCCCCCCCAGCCGCCCCAGGGGCCUUCUGCUACAGGAGGUGGCGGGGGCGGCGCUCCCGGCAUGCCGCGGCUGCAGAGAAACAGCAGCGCGCGCAGCACGUGCAGCAUGAUGAGCAUGCCGGGCGGCAGCAAUGAUGACCCGGGCGGCGCGCCGGUUCGGCGGGACAUGGGCCCGAUGGUUGAGGCGCUAAAUUUCGGGUCAGGUGUGGACCGGCGGGCAGCCGUGCGAGACAUUCGGACAGCGAUCAAGGGCUGCCCGGAAAACAAAGCGCAGCUGGUGCAGCUAGGGGGGAUAGAACCUCUAGUGGAAGUGAUCGAAUCAGACGACUUAGAAGCAGCAGAGCACGCAGUCGCUGCUCUCAUGAACCUAUCCCUCCACUGGAAUGCAUCAGGGGAGAUAGUCCGAGCGGGCGGUAUACCAGCGCUAGUCGGCAUGCUCAAUCACGGAACAGCGGCCUCGCAAGGCAACGCUGCCGCCACCCUGUUUGCCCUCUCCAAGGAAGACGACCAUAAGCUGAUGGUGCGAGCGUCAGGGGCCAUCCCUGCGCUCAUCUCGCUCCUCAAAACCGGCACGGUGCGAGCAAAGAAAGACGCCGCUCUGGCUCUCUUCACGCUCUCCACGCAGGUGCGCUGCGCUCGGGAUAUUCUCAAGGCCGGGGCUGUGGAGGUCCUCCUAGGCAUGUGUGGUUCGGGCGACUCCGCCGACCCUCCCCCGCCAGGCUUGGAAGAAAAAGCCACGGCAGUGCUCUCGAACCUCGCCCGGUUCCCCGAAGGGUGCCAAUCAGUGGUGGAGUGCGAUGGGCUCACCAUGUUCGUUGAUCUACUCGACGAGGGGUCGUCGGCGCGGGUGAAGGAGGAUGCGGCGUCGGUGCUGCUGCAGCUGGCGGCCAUGGGGUUUGUCACGUAUGGGGAUUUGCUUGCGGAGGGAGUGCUGCCGUCGCUGGUGCGCGUGUCGCAGACGACUUUAGGGGGCGUGCGGAGCAACACCAUCCAGUAA